CGUGCACGCGGUCGCUCUGCUCGUUUUCCCAGUUUCCAACAGUUUUCUCUCCUCCGGGUUCCUCCUCUGAGACUGCCGGGAGCUGCUGCGAUUGCUAAAAAGGGAGUGAUUUUCUUUCGGUUUGGGCCGGAUCGGGGCUGGACCGCUCCGGAGCAGCGAUGCCAGGACCGUCCCCAGCGCGCGGCACCUCCCUCGCUGGACGUGACGCUCUAACUUUGCAGUCUCCUUGGAGACAGCCGAGCGAGUCCGCGGUUUUUCCGGUGCUCAGCCGGGAGCUGGAGGUGCACGGGGCAGCCUCUGAGUUAAUAUUUUUUCCUGCCCUCGUUCUGCUUCCUCAAAGCCGCGCUGAGCCCCACGCAGAGCGCAAUCCCAUGCGCUUUGGCCGCGGUUGUGUCCGGUUUUGUCGUGUUCGGUUUUUCCUGUUGCACUCAAACACGACCCCUGCUCCCAGCCUCGGCGCGUCCUCGCCCUGGCCCGGGGCUGCAGCAGGGCCGCGGCGGAGCUCCCUGCCCUCCCCGCUGCGCCCCGGCCCCGGGCUGCUGCCGAGCCUCCGGGGCGGCUCAUGGGCCCGUGCACGCCCCGCCAGCGCCCGGCCGCCGGCCCCACGUGCUCCCUGUUUGCACACGGAUGAGUAACGCUGCCGGCGGGAGCCGAGCCUGCCGCCCGCUCCUGGGCGCAGUGCUGCGAGCACGCUGCUGCCCGGCUGCUCGCCGUGCUCCCGGGGCAGCCCGGGCUCGUGCACGCGUGUCGAAGGAGCGCGCGGGGAGCUCCGAGCUUCUCCACGCGUGCCAAGAAAGGCUGAGCUCGAGAAGGAGCUGCGUGCAGCGAGGACAGCACCUUGAUACCGUCUGCAAGGUGGGUUUUUCCAUAUGCUCGUGCCGUACUAGCGUCUGCGAGAGCCUUGCCGUUCACGGCAGCCUGCGCUCCCGGGUGCUCUGCAAGCAGGGCUGGAACGCAGCCGCCUCCGGAGCAGGACGGCUCAAAGCGCAAAGGGCUCCGGCACGUGCCUGAGCUGCGCCGAUUUUGGAAAGCUUUAACAUGCACAUGCAUGAAAUUGCCCGCUUGUACCAGAGCUUGAGCAAACGAUAGCUGCUGCGAUAACCCUGCUCGCCGUCCUGCCAGGAGCGAUGCGGCACGUCCCGCGGUGCCACCGCCACGGGCGAGUCCUCCAAGGAGCCUGGCCGCCGGUUUUGAAGGUUAACAAGUCUCUCUCCUCUACCAGCAUGAGCAACUCGUAAAAGUUAAUAAUUAACAGUUAAGAUAUUUUUCUUCCAUCGGAAUACGCUGCUGUGCACCGCCGCACUCCGGCUCCGGCCGCGCUGCCGGUGCAGCUGGUGCUGAAGAUGUGCCUCUGGAGAGGGUGCGGGGGAAGCUGUGUCCCUGUGGGACCUGUUGCCCCGGCUGCACCUUCGCACGGAGGUACACGGCUGCAGGAGAGGCGACCGCAGCGGCCACCGCGGUCGGGGCAACGUGCAUGGUGCAGCAGCGGGGAAAAGCGGGGCGGUGGGAGCAGCACGGGUCGCGCUGGGCCGUGCCCCCGGCUCAAGUGGCCCUGGUGGAGCGGGGAGCUCCGCUGCCGCCCUUGCUUUUCAGGUCGUUCCUGCAAUGCACCAGCGUGCUGUUGCUCUGCAGCCCCUUUGCCCGUGUCCGCAUGCCUGCUGCCGCUCGGGGAAGCUGCGGGUUUGCAGGUAGACGCUCUCCGUGGUGCCCGGUCCCGUGCAGCGCGUGUCCCAUGUGGCUGCAACGGCGGCGCGGGCUGGGGACGUGGGGCAGGACAUCGCGGGAGCAGGCGUCUGGUUUGCCCUUGCACUAACCCUGUUUUUGGGGGCCGGCACUCCUGCACCACCCGCCAGCCUCAGCCAAGAGCCGGCGUGACCGCUCUGCGUGCGCCGAGAUAAGCGAAAGUAUUUUUAUUCUGGGCUGUCGUCGCGCCCAUGCGUGCCUGCAGCAGGCAUGCCCUGCUGAUAGCGACCGGCUCCGCUCCGGGCCGGGCCGUCCCGUCUCCCGGGGAGCCGAGCAGACAAGGCGAGACCCAGCUCCGUGACCUCCCGCAGGCUCGCGCGGGUCCGUCGCGGGACCGAACCCCUCUCUCCACCGCGGAAAACAGGGGAGUCACCAGGGACCCCGGCUGGCUGCAGCUCCUCGCAACCGUGGCAGCAUUUGCAGCGCAACAGCCACAAAAAAGAUCCUGGUUUAAGUGUAAUCUUUAACCAGAGGCAUUUCCAAUCCUGCUCUACGCCGGGUUAUCGCUUUCCUGCCUCGCUGGUUUUCUCCCCCAGGUUAACCGCCCCGCGGCCGCUUCCUCCUCGCCGGGAGCCGGUGCCCAUGCGCCGGAGCUGCGCGGCCGCGCUGCAAGAUAGAGAGGCAACGCGGCGCCCCGGAGCCCGGCGUCGGGGGGCCGAGAGCCGGGGGCUGCAUGGUGGAAAUGCAGCCGGGUGGUGCGUGAGCGGCAGUGCCGGGCGGCGGAGCUGCAAACCGCCCCGCGGAGCCGGAGCCGGAGCCCGAGCCAGAUCCCGCAGCGCCGCGCGAUGCUGAGCCUCAAGCUGCCCCGGCUGCUCAGCAGCAGCCAGGUGCCCCAGCGCUUUCCCCUCCUGUCUCCGCAGGAGUACCAGGAGCAGGGCAUCCUCUUCGGGUACCGCCACCCGCGGAGCUCUGCGACGGACUGUCUGCUCAGCGUCUUCCAGAUGACCAACGAAACCCUCAAUAUCUGGACGCAUUUUGUGCCUACCUGGUACUUCUUGUGGCACCUGCUGGGCUCGCUGCCGCCGCGGGACGGCCGGGGCACCCGCGCCUGGCCCUUCCUCGCCUACCUGCUCUCCUGCUGCCUCUACCCCUUCGCCUCCAGCUGCGCCCACACCUUCAGCACCAUGUCCAGCCGGGCCCGGCACCUCUGCUACUUCUUCGACUACGCCGCGCUCAGCGUGUACAGCUUGGGUUCUGCCCUGGCGUAUUCAGCGUAUAUCUUCCCAAAAGAAUGGGUCAACGGCACUUUCCACUAUUACUAUGUUCCCAUCGCUGUGUUCAACACUGUCGUUAGCACCAGCCUCUCCUGCUACUCCAGGUUUCUGGAGGUGGACCGGCCCCAGCUCAGCAAAGCUUUCCGCACGCUGGCCUUUGUGUACCCAUACCUAUUCGAUAGCAUCCCUCUCUUCUACAGGUUCUACGUGUGCGCGGCGGAGAGCUGCACGGAGGCCGUGAUCGUGGUCCACUACAAACACACGGUGCUUGCCUUCCUCACGUGCUUCGUCUUCGCUAGCCAUCUGCCAGAGAGACUUGCACCAGGACACUUUGACUACAUCGGGCACAGCCACCAGGUUUUCCACGUAUGCGGGAUCAUUGGCACGCACUUCCAGAUGGAAGCCAUCAGGAUGGAUAUGACCGAGCGCCACGACUGGCUCCUGGCCACUGCGAUGCUUCCCUCGGCCCUUCACACUCUCGGUUCAAUGGGCAUCUGCAUGGCCGUUUCCCUGGCCAUCAUUAGGCUCUGCUCCAUGUCUCUCAGCUGCCUGCCUGAGCCUUCGCAGAGAGAAAAAUUGCACGGGCAUUAGGCUUCAGUUCUAUAUACUAUUUACACGGCUCCAUGGGAGAGAAACUAAACAGUGUGUGUAUGGUAUGAAUGAAGAUGGAUUUAUUCACACACGCUCUUUGAGAAAAUGUUCAUUUAAAAAUUCUCAAGAGUGAAACAUUUUAUAUUGCACUGUUCUUUAUAUAGCUUUAAAGCUGGAAACAGAUUAUGAAAUGCUUUGAAUCAAUCUGAUAGUUCACCACAAAAAAUGUUUAUAACAAUCUUAAUUCUUUCUGUAAAAGGGAGGGAAACAGUAAUACUUUCCAAAGCAAUAGGCGUUCAUCGGUUCUGCCUUAGGGAAGAAUUGGGGAGACAAGUGAAAGCAGAUAAUGCUGAUCAUCUGAUGACAUGAAUGUCCUUGUUAUCAAUUUAGACUGGAAGCAAAACCUCAGCUGUACAGAAAUCAAUGUGAAUUGCGUUACUGACUUCAGUGCAGACAGGGCUGGAGAGUCCCGAGGGCUGGGCUCUGAGGAGGCCGCUCUGCAGUCGGCUCUGGCAAUGCUUUUCCAGGUUUCCUCCAACAGAUUUUGCUUUCAUUGAGGGCAUGAGCCCAAGCUUGUUAAGGCAAGGGCAGACUUCUGUGGUGCGGAGCAAUUUCAGAUCCAUUCCUUGCAUCACUUGACAUCGGCGAGCUGGAUCAUUAGCCAGGGUGUAAUAGUGCAAUGCUGUCCAGGCCAGCGGAUGUGGCUCCUUCGCAAAAGACUACAAGAAAGAGCUCUCCUAGGGGCUCCCUAACUACUGUUUUACCUUCACCAGCAGCAUCAUCUAGGAGAUUAAAAACUCAAAUAUCUGUCUUCCACAGCCUUACAUUAAACCGAAGUGCCUGAAAGAUAUGUGGUUGAGAGAGACUAGAACUUGCCUAUGUUUCAAAUUUUACUGAAUUUUUUUGUGCAGCCUCAGCUUUGAGGGUGCCUGUGACGAGAUUGUCACAUUGGACUUAUCUAAUAACAUGUAGUAGGUACAUGAACAUGUAAUGCAAAAAUUCCUGCUGCGGAAUGUUAUCAAGCUUCUUGAUAAUCAUACGGGUGUGUAAGUUGUUUUCUGUAUAAUUACCUCUAUUAAGGUAAAAUAGAUGCACUUUUGAGUGAUAAUACAACAGCUCUUUAAAUAUAUUAUGGGACAAACAAGUCUUUUGAAAACAAGCUUUCUUUUGAAAGCUGACCAAGAUUUAUAUUAAUAUUUAUAAGCACUGGAACAUAAUUGUUUAUUCAACAGUUUUAUUUCAUUAAAAGGGAAAACUAAUAUAACUAUGACACUGAUAUAUGCUAACCUGAUUUGGAUGGUGCAUAAAAAUACUGCCUGUGAAAAUAACCACUUCAAAGAUAAUUGCUAAUAAUUGCAAAUUAUUUACCUUCUGUACACAUGUAACUGGAAAGGAAUCUGGCUUUGUGUGAAAGAAGUGAUUUAAGAUUCUCUAAAAUUUACAUUAAUUUAUUUUAACUUUUUCUUGGUAGUUUAACUUUUGAAUAUGGGAAGUCCUCGUCUUCUUCAUAUGCAACAUGUAUUAAAUAUGUCAUUGUUCAUAGAAAAACUACACUAAAAAUAUAGCACUAUUUUAUACACUGUUACAAUCCUUACAGAUCCUGCAACACUAUGCAUGGAGUCUUUGUCUACUAGAUACUUUACGCACUAAAUGAGUGAAUGUUGUUUGAUCCUGAAGCAGCAUAAGUAAGCCAGAUUUCUUGUUCAGUUGGAGCUAUGCCUUCCAGAAGCUAUUUUAUGUACUAAUUUUUAUGCACAGAUAAAGAAAUAAAACCUCAGUGUCAAAUUGUUACAUGUAAAUAAUACAAGGUAUUUAUUUGUUUGAA